ACUUUCCUGUUGGACAAAGACACAAAACGCCGUAGGCGGAUUGGCUGCUGAAUAUGUGAUUAUUCCCGUUGGCUGCCUACUGUUCUCCACUUUCAAUUUCAUACUUGGGAAAGAGUUUACGAUUGGUGUACUCGGAAGCAGCAGCAGCCAAUGACAUAAGAGCUUCCACUGCCGGCCUGGGGGACGUGACACACCUUCUUUUCUCUCCGGCUUCCCCGCCCCUUCUCGCCCGCCUUCCCCUAUUCAUACCAGAAGCGCCUCAGUUCCGAUUGGCCAGGAUGUGAUGCGCUCUCAACCAAUCGUAAUCCAGGUUGUGCUUGGAACCUCUCAGGACAACGAACCCUGAAGACACCACGUCUACGAUUGGUCGCUCCUCGGUGAGGAUUUAAUUUUGAAUUUUUCUUUAUGGUGUGGAAGAGGCUCCGGCCCGAACUUCGUCUAAUCCUCAGGCUUUUAGACUAAAACCAUGCCUAAGUUCAAACAGCGAAGAAGGAAGCUAAGAGCCAAAGCCAAACGAUUAUUUAAGAAAAAAGAAGCAUCCCGAGUUCAGCCUAAGCUAUUGACACCUCCCCCUCCACCACCCACACCAGAAAGAGUUGUUACUUCUUCAACUGAUACACUCCAAAGCAGAAACUGGCUAAGACAUUCUUGGAACUUCCGAUUUCCUAACAUCAAAGACACAAUAAAUGUUUGGAUGAAUAGAGCGUGGUGCAUAUACAGUUGCUGUCAGACAUGUGUAGCCCAGAGUUUAGAAGUGUUGAAAGAUGCCAUCUUCCCUUCCCGAGUCUACCACAGAGAACUUCACAGUCUAAAACAACAGUUUUGUGCUUUGAAAAGUGAAUUAUGCAAUCUCCAAGAAACACUGAAGACCAUCUCAGAAAAACCCUCUUAUUCAAGCUGUUGUCAUAUGUGUGGUGAGAGCAAUAAGCUUACAAAGGUGCCAGCCUGUGCUCCAACAACCCAUGGAGAAUCCCCAACCGUACUUCUUCCCACGCUGCCACAGCCAACCAGUCUUCUGCCUCCUCCUCCCCCUCCUCCUCCUCCUCUUCCUCCACCACCACCACCCCUAGCACCAUUGCUGCUCAGAAAAUCUGGUUCUACUAAAGCACUUCAGACUGAACCGUUAAAGAAAGAUGGACCCAUGCAUAUAACAGUUAAAGAUCUACUCACUGUAAAAUUAAAAAAGACACAGAAUAUUGAAGAAAGGAAGAAGCUUAUACCAUCACCACCAGAGAAACGGAAUCCACUAGUUACUAUCUCUGACCUGCAACGAGUUACUCUGAAACCCAACUCCAGGAUGUUAACAACACGAGUUAAAAAUGUCUUAAUUACUCCGGGUAAAAGCCAACUAGAUCUUCGGAAGCUGCUGAGAAAAGUCAAUGUAGACAGGAGCCCAGGUGGGACCCCUCUCACCAAUAAAGAAAAUAUGGAAACAGGAACUGGACUGACUCCAGUCAUGACCCGGGCCUUAAGGAGAAAGUUUCAGCUGGCUCACCCUCAAAGCCCUACUCAGUCUCUACCACUUCCUACAAGCAGCUUUGAUGAACAAAACUGAGGCCAACUCUGCCUGACUCUGUGAAGGGAUCCAUACAAUGGCAGACCAAGCCCCUAAAUUUUAAUGUACUAAAAUAUGUAUAGCUCUACGAAUGUAAUUCUACUUGAAGAAUCAGAGUGAGUAUGUAUGGAACCUACACAACUGUGCCAUAAUGGGAGCAUUUAGAUAUUUUCUGAUGGUUGUGAUGGUAAGGGAACCAGAUGGGAAGAUGCAAUCUGCAAAGAAAUGUUUAUCCUGGAAUUACCCAAUUUUGGUUACAGUGACUGUUCAGAUUUAAUUCCAUAGGGGCUGAUGAUAUGGUUCAAUGGUUAAAGGCAUUUGCCACCAAGACUCAUGACCCAAGUUCAAUGCCCAGGACACAAAUGGAGGGAAGAAAGAACUAUCUCCCACUGGUUGUCCUCUGACCUCCACAUGUGCACUAUGAUAUAUUCCUCC